CGUUAUAUAAAUAAACCUUUAUCUUCUCGUCUCUUCGGGUUCAAGGUUGCAGGAGAGCCAGGUUAUUAUGAGUAUGUUGUGUAAAAGUGUUUCGCUUCGUCCUGUAUGUUUUGCGCUCGAGUCCCUCUCUGGUGAGAUGAGUCCUAUGAGGAAGUUAGCGGAAGCCGAGGUUAGCCGGUUGGGAGACAUUUCGCCGGUUUGGGCUGUUCCCUUUGUCUGAGAGCAGAGGCAGUGCGGUGCGGGCUCUUUUGUCUGGGCAGACUUUGUUAGGAUUGUAGUGUUGGUGAAUCGAUUGGAAACAUGCAGCAAAUGAAGAAAUGUUUCAUGGACGGUCUGAUUCAGCUCACCAUCCUUCUGAGUUUGAUAGGUGUUCGGGUGGACAUCGGGUCCAGCCCGUUUAACUCUCCGUUAAUAGAGAUCGACGGAGGGCCAGGUUCAGCUUUCAUCCAGACCCCGUUUCACUAUUACCGGGACAUCUCGGCCGGUCAUCACGUGCACCCUAAACGCCCAGAAUCGGAGGAUUACAUCACGAGCCGGAGGCUGCUGUCUGAAGUGCACGCGCUCGGCUCGCCGGUUCGUUUCCCCACGCGGCUCAGUGCGUGGCUCGUGCACCUGGUGCCUAAUGGCGUGGGCCCGGAAGAAGUUCAGGACAAUAACGGGUAUGCGGGUGAUGAAGAGUCCACUGAUGAGAAUGAAUCCCACAACCAUCCCGAGGCAAUUUUAACACAAACCGAAGAGGAAAUUGUGAAAAAUGAUGAGGAAGGAAUCCAUCGCGAUUCACCAACCCAACUCGCGCAAAGCUCAGCAUUGGAACGAGAGGUUCUGUUAAGUGGCAGUGUUCUACUUCCCCCUCGGUCUGGUGUUGAAGUCCACUCUCAAUGGCCAGACUACCUGUCAGAUUUCAAUGAUUUUGAGUCUUUGAUUGCGCAGCAUGUGCCUGACAUGGACCCUAUCAGCUCCAAUGCCAGCCUUCAAGAUGCCAUGGUUAGCAGUGGUGGGGAUUACAGACCAGACCCAUCUAGAGGGGGAGCGCACACCACACCACACCAAACACCUUCUGUUUUCAACCUAGAGUCUAUAAACUCCUCAAAUCGACACACACCUCGAACAGCUGUUGGUGCUUUGGCUUUGCCUCCUUUCUCUUCAUUGGGGAAUAGCUCUCAUGGAACCUCCCACUCCAGGGUUGGUGGUUAUUUGGAUGAGGCUGUGUUUGAGCAGAUAAAUUUGUUGGGUCUGGAUGGCUUGUCGAGUAUGGAGGGACAGGAACUAAAUGGAAUGGAUGGCAGCUUGGAUGCUCCAUGGCUGGAGGACUCUGACUCUGGCCUGUCAUUGGAAACUGAUUCCAGAAGUCCUGCCUCUAUGUCCUCUUCAGAUUCAUUUUUUGAGGGUGGAGCCAUGGGCUACAGCAGUGAAGUAGAGUCCCUUUUAAGUAAUGGUGGGGCUUGUUCAUCAUCUUGCUACGAUUGGCCACAAGUAAGCCUUAACAAAAAAAUCUGGCAUGAUCACAACUAUUCAGCCCAAUCAUCUGAAGACCAUGGCCCAAAAUGUUGGCCUCAACCUCCUACAGCUAUAAAACAGGAAGUAAUGAGUGAGGAUGAAACUGGAUUUGAGGAGCCAAGCCGGGAUGAACAGCGCCUGCAGGCUAUGGGUCUUCCAUUUUCCGCCCCUCAAAUUGUUAACAUGCCAGUGGAAGACUUCCUGGAGCUGCUGGAAGGGCAGAGACUGUCCACAUCAGAAGUCACACUCUUGCGGGAUGUACGCAGACGUGGAAAAAACAAAUUGGCUGCACAAAACUGCAGAAAAAGGAAGCUGCAUGCUAUCCUGGGCCUGCAGACUGAGGUGGAGGGACUUGUUGCUCAGCGUGAUGCCCUUCUGCGUGAGAGAACAUGCACCACCAAGGCUCUGUCAGCUACAGCUGAGCGUUUCGGAAUGCUUUCUCGUGUUGUGCUGAGACAACUGAGGGAUGAACAUGGACAGCCCCUUAGCCCAGAGCAAUACACACUCCACUGUGGCACAAACGGACGCAUAGUGGUCCGACCUCGACCAAACGCUGUGAGAAUGACAACAAGGGCCAAAACUACAAAGAGGAAGAAGGAUAAAAAACCUUGAGGGCAUUCUGAUUUUUUUUUUUUUUUUUUGUGUGUGUGUGUGUGUGUGUGCGCGCACGCGCAUUUCUGAAAGGGCUACUUGGUCUCGGACUACUGAACCUUCCCCUUUUAAAUAUUUAAAUGAAAAGUGAUGUUAAAAGUACAAUAUAAUGGACUAAAGUUUCUUUGCUAAAAGGCGUGUAUCAAAGGCACUGGACAUAUAUAUAUAUAAAAAAUUAAUUUUAAAGAAAAAGAUGCACAACAGGGUUCCCCAGCCCCAGUCCUGGAAAUUCUAGCACAAUUGUUAAUCAUUAAAACAUAAAUGGCACACUUUAUUAUUAACAAACAUGGAGAUAUGAAGGUAUAAAUGCAGGUUAUUCUGUGUUGAGUUGUUUUUUUUUUUUUUGUUUGGUUGGCUUUUUUAAAUAAAUUAUUAUGGUGAUCAGACUCCAUAGCUUGUUAUGCAAUUGUUAUCCUGAUUAUGCAAUUGUUAGUUUUUAACCACAUGACUGUUCCACGAUGGCCUUAUUAGUCCACUUCUUGGGUCUCAAUACAUUUGUAUUGACCUCAUUUGGCUUUUUACUGGAUUUUACACGGUUGCGCUUUUUGUUUUUUGUUCAUUUUAUGUAUAACAUAUAAAUAUUGUGUGAGGUUUUAAAAUAAAUUUAUCCUAACUGAUGGCUAUAAAGUUUACAUGUAAAAUAUUUCCUAUUCAACAUUUCAAUUCCAGAAUUAUUGGCAUGCUUCAUAAAGUGUGCAAAAUGAUUUAAUAAAUUAUUUUGUCGAAUGUUCAUUUCCCAAGCAGACAAAACAAAAUCAGUUGUAACCAGUAGAAAAAAAAUGUGCACAUUUCCCUGUAUUGCACAAAGCAUGUAAUGCAUGUGUUGAUAUUUUUUAUGCAUCAAUUUUUGGUCAUUUUCAUGAAGGGUGCCAGUAAUUCUGUAAUGCACUGUGCCUGUAUUAUGGCUAUCAAAUUUGUUAUACAUGCUAUAUCUGUUGUUGCAGCAUUGUGUGUAUUUAAAACAGUCAGCAAAUUUAAAGGUCAGUACUGAGACAACUUUCUCCCCAUGUUUAUUUGCAGAUAUUUGCCAGUUGUUCCACAGAAAAAUGAUAAAUCUGUCAAAAUACGUUUUGUUUUAAACUAUGGAAAAUCUCAAGAUGAAUAAAGGAGGAAGUUUUAAUGAU